AUGGCGGACGAGCGCGUCCUCCCAACAGAGGAACAACCUCGUCGAAGGGACUGGUGGAAAGUCCAUCUAUUUAGAGGCAUGGUGAACGAUGUGCGCAGACGGGCGCCUUACUACGUGAGUGAUUGGGUCGACGCGUGGGAUUAUAGAGUCGUUCCUGCUACGGUGUACAUGUAUUUUGCAAACAUCCUGCCGGCAUUGGCGUUUUCGCUCGAUAUGUUUUCCAAGACGGGGUCUAAUUACGGCGUCAAUGAGGUGUUGCUGGCGUCUGUUUUGGGAUCCGUCGUGUUUUCGAUAUUUGCGGCGCAGCCGUUGGUGAUUGUUGGCGUGACCGGUCCCAUUACCGUAUUCAAUUACACCGUCUACGACAUCAUGAAGGACACUGGCGUAAACUACAUAGGCUUCAUGGCAUGGAUAGGCAUAUGGUCUCUCAUCCUACACGUCCUCCUCGCCGUCACCAACUCAUGCAACUGGCUCAGAUGGGUGACCCGCUUCCCCUGCGACAUCUUCGGCUUCUACGUCGCCUUCAUAUACCUCCAAAAAGGCAUACAAGUGCUCGACCGCCUCGGCGACAGCUCCCCCUUCUACCUGUCCAUCAUGGCAGCCCUGCUAGUCUUCAUGGUGGCUUAUAUCUGCGGCGAGUUGGGAACGAGCAGCCUCUUCAGACACCCGAUCCGCGUGUUUCUCAAAGACUACGGCACGCCCCUGACGCUGAUCUUCUUCACGGGUUUCGUGCACAUUGGUCGCAUCGCGCAGGUUGAGCUGGAGAGGCUGCCGACGGGGAUUGCGUUUGAACCCACGAGUGGAAGGGCGUGGGUAGUGCGCUUUUGGGACUUGAGCGUCGGUCAGAUAUUCACGGCACUGCCGUUUGCGAUUCUUCUGACCAUCUUGUUUUGGUUUGAUCACAACGUAUCUUCCCUCAUCGCUCAAGGAAGUGAAUUUCCCCUUCGCAAACCCGCCGGCUUCCACUGGGAUCUCUUCCUCUUAGGAAUCACGACCGGCGUCGCAGGUAUUCUUGGCCUGCCCUUCCCCAACGGCCUCAUCCCACAGGCCCCCUUCCACACAGAAUCCCUGUGCGUCACCAAACCCGUCAAGAAGCUUGACGAAAAGGGCGAGGAUAAAGGAGACUUCACCUUUGAGGCGACGCACGUCGUCGAGCAGCGCGUCUCCAACCUCGCGCAGGGCCUCCUCACACUAGGAACCAUGACCGGCCCGCUCCUCGUGGUCCUGCACCUCAUUCCGCACGGCGUCCUCGCAGGCCUCUUCUUCAUAAUGGGCAUCCAGGCCCUCGAGGCGAACGGUAUCACCGCCAAGCUCAUGUUUCUUGCGCGUGAUAAGUCCCUCACGCCUCCUGGUGCACCACUGCGCAGCAUCAAGCGCCGCUCGGCUAUAUGGCUAUUCGUCAUUAUUGAAUUGCUGGGCUUUGGAGCCACGUUUGCGAUCACGCAGACUGUCGCGGCGGUAGGGUUCCCCGUUUUCAUCUUUUUGCUUAUUCCGUUGCGGGCGUUGGUUCUGCCGCGUUUCUUUCGUGCUGAGGAACUGGAUGUGUUGGAUGCGCCGACGGCUUCGGAGUUUACGAUGGAAGGGAUUGGAGGGUCGUGGGGUGGGAGGGCUGGUGGUGCGGCGGUGGAGCGGAGUGGUGAUGAGACUGCUGUUUCUGGUUGUUCGUCUGGGGAAGAGGGCAGGAAUCGGUUUGAGAGGACGGAGAGGAGGGAUAGUGUCUUUGCGAGUCCUGGGGGCCCGAGGAAGAGUCAGGAGGAUCUGGCGGAGUUGGGGAGGGUGCAGAGUGGGCAGAGUACGGCGACGAGGAGGAUGAGCGUGGAUAGGAGGUCGAAUUUGCGGACGGAGAGUUCGCAUCAGAGGUAG